AUGACGACCCGCCUCCUACCGGCUGUGUACACCGGCUUGCCGCUGCGGCUGCUGGACUGUUCGUCGUGUGCGCUCUACCAUGCGCUGCGGCAACAACAAGAAGAACAGGGACACCAACAGGCACCUGUCACGUCUAGCGGCGUCAUGAGUUUUGUGUUGGAUGCCAUCACAGGCGCCGUUGUGGUUGGCGGUGCAACGGAGAACCUCGUUCCCUUCCCGCUGUUGCGAAAGCUGCAUGAAUCAUUUGCGUCAGUGUCGCAGGAGACACCACGGUGGGCGGCGUGGAACACACUUGUUGCUGAUGAUCGGCUAGUGGUCCUUGCUUUGCCGUGUGAGGUGCCGCAGCUCAUGCAGGAAUUCCCCCAGUACAAGAGGUUGUGUAUGUGUGUGCCUUCAGGGCCGCUGGUCUCACGAAUGCUCUUUCAACACAAACACCUGGAAGCGUUUUACGCGGAGGACCUAGGCCCCGCAAUGACCGCGCUGGCGUCGGCGGGAGGCUACAGCUGGACGGCGUGGCUGCGCUCGUCGCUGACGUGCCGCUUCGAGGGGCUCUACGUGCCCGCCAUACGCGUGGCGGAGAGCGCCGCACAUCUGCUCAGCGCCGACGGCGGCUGCGAGCGCGUGGUGC